ACCAUGGACUUUAUAGCAGCAAUUCACGACUCUUUUCUCCCUCUCUCCCUCUCUCUCUCUCUAUCUCUAUCUCUCUCUCAAUUUCCCAUCUCCAGAUUCUUUUCUUUUCUUUGAAUUUCAAUUCUUCAAUGGCUUCUUCUUCUUCAAGUUAUUGUUCUUGUUAUAACAACUACUGUUAUUACAGUUCUUUCCUUUUGUUAUUAGUGUUAAUGUUAUCUAGUAGUAGUUUCUCUUACGGGUUUGGUACAUUCGGAUUUGAUCUCCACCAUCGAUAUUCGGAUCCAGUGAAAGGGAUGUUAUCAGUUGAUGACUUACCUGAAAAAGGUUCUCUUCACUAUUAUGCUUCUAUGGCUCAUCGUGAUAUAUUAAUCCACGGUCGUAAACUUGUUUCUGAUAAUACUUCUACUCCUCUCACUUUCUUUUCUGGCAAUGAAACUUAUCGCUUCAGUUCUCUUGGAUUUUUACAUUAUGCUAAUGUUUCUAUUGGGACACCAAGUUUAUCAUAUCUUGUGGCACUAGACACUGGCAGUGAUCUCUUCUGGUUACCUUGUGAUUGUACUAAUUCUGGUUGUGUUCAGGGCUUGCAAUUCCCAUCAGGAGAGCAAAUAGAUUUCAACAUCUACCGCCCUAAUGCUUCAUCAACGAGCCAAACGAUACCCUGCAACAAUACCUUGUGUUCGCGACAAAGUCGAUGUCCUUCUGCUCAAAGUACCUGUCCUUAUCAAGUUCAAUAUCUUUCUAAUGGCACCUCAUCGACUGGGGUCUUGGUAGAGGAUCUAUUGCACUUAACCACAGAUGAUGCUCAAUCUAGAGCUCUUGAUGCAAAGAUUAUAUUUGGUUGUGGUAGGGUUCAAACGGGUUCUUUUUUGGAUGGUGCAGCUCCCAAUGGCUUAUUUGGGCUUGGUAUGACUAAUAUUUCCGUUCCAAGUACUUUGGCAAGAGAAGGUUAUACUUCAAAUUCCUUUUCCAUGUGUUUCGGACGCGAUGGUAUUGGGAGAAUCAGUUUUGGAGAUACAGGAAGCUCAGGCCAAGGAGAAACACCUUUCAAUUUGAGGCAGUUACAUCCAACUUACAACGUCAGCAUCACUAAAAUAAAUGUGGGAGGUAGAGAUGCUGAUCUUGAGUUCUCUGCAAUUUUCGAUUCUGGUACCUCAUUUACAUAUCUAAAUGAUCCAGCCUAUACACUUAUAUCUGAGAGUUUCAAUAUCGGGGCGAAAGAAAAGCGCUACUCAUCUAUUAGUGACAUACCAUUUGAGUAUUGCUAUGAGAUGAGCUCAAAUCAAACAAAUCUUGAGAUUCCAACAGUUAAUCUGGUGAUGCAAGGUGGAAGCCAGUUUAAUGUCACUGACCCAAUAGUAAUAGUUAUUCUUCAGGGUGGUGCAAGUAUAUACUGUCUGGCUAUUGUCAAAAGUGGAGAUGUAAAUAUAAUUGGACAAAAUUUCAUGACUGGUUAUCGUAUAGUUUUUAAUCGUGAAAGAAAUGUAUUGGGAUGGAAGGCAUCAGAUUGUUAUGAUGAUAUGGACACCACCACCUUCCCCGUCGACCCGAUAAGUCCUGGAAUCCCUCCUGCUACUGCAGUCAACCCACAAGCCACAGCCGGGAGUGGGAACACCACCGAGGUGUCAGGCACGCCGCCUCCUGUAGGGAAUAAUGCACCUAAGUUGCCUAAGUUGAACUCUUUAACUUUUGCAAUUAUAAUGGUUCUUAUUCCAUUCUUUACCAUUGUUUGAAUAUUCCUUUGUUAAUUAUUUUUCUUUUUGUUUUGAGUCUUUCCUUAUAUAUCUACUGUAACAUAUAUACACUGAACGGCCAUUUCUUUCAGGCAUAGUUCCAGGAAAUAUUGGAAGCAUUUUCUGGCUUCCUAUUUGUUUUUUUGGUCUUAGCGACCUGAUUUGAUUCUGUAGCUGUAAAUAUCUUUGAACAAUGAGAUGAUACAAUUGAUAUAGUAGUGUUACAUUUUGAUUA